AUUUCUAUUUUUUUUACCUUUUUGUUUAUUUUGGAAAAUGAUUUUAUCAGUUGUUAUUGUUAUCCAUUCAACUUAUUACUCUUUAGAAAUCCUUAAGCUAAGCAACCAAUCUUCUUCCUCUUUAAAAAGAGAUUUUGAAAGCCAACAAAAAAAACAAACACCAAUAUCAAUAUCAAUAUCGCAAAUCCAAACACCCAAAAAACUUGGUUAUUAUCAAGAAACAAGAAUCAAGAAACAAGAGUCAAAAAUCAAGAAUCAAGAACCAAGAACCAAGAACCAAGAACCAAGAACCAAGAACCAAGAAACAAGAAACAAGAAACAAGAAUCAAAAUGGAGGAAGCAGGGCGUAAAGGAGAUCCGUUUCCGGGUUUUGAGAUGAGUGUUCAUAACGACGACUGCGUUUUCCGGCGAUCUCUAAGCUGUCGGCUGCAGAGACGAGCUCCAUGUCCUCUCUUAUUACCACCAAGACCUCCUCCUUCUAAGGAAGCUCCUCCUUCUACGACCGGCGUCUCCACGUCUGCGUUAUGUCAAAACAGCACAGAUCCAAUCCCACUAUUGUCCCCACUCGUCCCUACUUCAGUGCUUCAACCUAAUCCAACCACCACCUCUCGCUGACUCUUGCUCUUUCCAAUCUCUUAGGCUUUAUUUUAUUUCUUGCAAUGACAAUGUUCUUGGAAUCAAGUCAUCGUUACUUUCUUUUUAUAACGUGGAUUUUAUUUGAAUCCUUCACCAUCUAGAUUCAAAUAAUCUCAUCGUUUGUCUCUAUUCAGAUUUACAUUUUCACAAAGGUGCUGAGGAUCUCGUCAUGUCCUCUCUCGACCUUUUGGUUUUCUUAACAUCAUUUAUUAAUAUAUAUAUGUACACAUACACUAAUAUGUUUUAAUAUUUUCUUAUUGAGCA